AAAUCAUAAUUAUUAUUAAAAUAAAAAAAAUUAUAAAAAAAUUGUCAAUCAAAAAUAAUACAAUUAAUUAAAUUAGAAAGAAUAAAAAAAGGGAAAAAUAAUAUAAUAAAUCAUAUCUUAUUCAAAAUCUAUACUGAAAAAAUGAUUAAAAACUAUUAGUACGAUAACUAUCUCAUAGAUUCUGCAGCUGCUUAAAAAGAUUUGCAUAUACAAAAGUAAAACCAUAAGUAGUCAACUUCAUCCAAUCAUCCUCAAGAAUCAUACUCAACUGCAACAUCUUCCGAUUCAGAUGGAGAAAACAAUCAAAAUCUAUCAUAAAAUUAAUAAGAAUCAUCAUCUACCACUGAACCCUAAAAUUUAAUACAAAAGGAGCGUUAUAAAACUGAGCUAUGCAGAAAUUACUAAAUACAUGGAACAUGCAAUUAUGGAAAAAAGUGUCAAUAUGCUCAUGGAAGACACGAAUUGUAAUAAAAACCUGAAAGAAAAACUAAUUAAUACUAUAAAACUAGACCUUGUAAGGAGUUUUUCAAUACUUUAACUUGCCCUUACGGCUAAAGAUGCAAAUAUAAUCAUGAUACAAGAUCUAUCAACGAGAUAAUUAAGCCAAGCACUUUUUACCAAAAGAAACUUUUGACUAUUUCAACACCAUAGGCUUCUAAAUAAAAUACUUCUAGCUCCACUAGUAGUAGACUACUAUUUUUCUAACAAAAUUUUAAUAAAAAUAAUGUUGAUAAUUAAAUUGAAAUCUAAGCUAAAUAGUUAACAGCUCCUUAUUCUACUUUGCAAUUAUAAUAAAAAGAAAAUAAUUUUUUCAGAAACCCAUUCUAAUAAGAAAUUGUUUACAAUCAAAUUCCAAUUGCUAACUCUUUGACAUUUAAUGAACCAAAUACUUAUAACAAAAAUUAAGACUUUAAUCAAAAAAAUCUUUUGCCCACCCUUGAUUCUAGCUUCCUAUCUUCUAGCUACUUCUUCUAAUGGUGA